CCAACUGAUCGCGGUGUGCAGGUUUUAAAAAGCCCUUCUAUAUAAUCUAAUCUAAUGGGUUGUCAUUAUAUUAAGCCCAAUAAAGUAAUUAAUCUUCCUUUAACAUAAACAACAUAUUCAAUCCAUAGCAUCAUAUUUAAAGUUUACCAUCAAAUAAAAUACACAUCCUUGGCAUAAUGUGACAUCAUCAUCAUCUAAAAUUCAUAGCUUAAUCCUACUUUAACCGUCUCAUAAUAAAACCAUAACGUUGUCAUCUUUCCAGUUAUCAUCAAGUAAAGUCCAUAGGUUAAUUUUUCCGAGAGGAUCUAAGUCACGAUAGCUCAAGUGGUAGAGCAGAGGCGUAUUUAGUCGAAGGUCGUGGGUUCGAAUCCCGCUCGUGACACUGACUUCUUUACCUCAACCAAGACCCUACAUAAAAAGAAUAAAUUAAGUUUAAACUUUCGCUCCUUUAGUUAUUUUACUUUCCUCACUUAAGUUUUAUCACCGUUAACGAUGACAGUGCUCUCAAUGAUGCAGUAUUGCAGUCUACCGUUAAGGUCCUAUCAGUAACGAUGUGAAGUUUACAUGAACUUUACCGUGACCGCGGAUUUUUAACUCGUAGAUAUUAGUAUUAUUUAUCCAAUAGGAUAGAAAAAUAUAAUAGAUAAUAAAAUGAGCAAGGAGAGCGUGAUAAAAGCUAUUGAUAAGACCUCAGUCCACAGGAUUUGUUCUGGACAGGUUGUCUUGAAUCUGGCAACUGCUGUGAAAGAACUGGUCGAAAACAGCAUCGAUGCAAGCGCGACUGUCAUCGAAGUCAAGCUGAAAGACUAUGGAAGCGAGAGUGUAGAAGUGACCGACAAUGGGCACGGCGUCCAUCCCGAUAACUUCAAGGGUUUGACUUUAAAGCAUCACACUUCAAAGCUCCGGGAUUUCUCAGACCUGGUUGGUGUUGAGACCUUCGGGUUUAGGGGUGAAGCGCUAAGCUCACUGUGUGCACUAAGCUCCCUUAGUGUUCUUACGAGGCACACGUCGCAGGAUUGUGGCACUCAUCUGGUAUUCGAUAGCUAUGGCGACAUAAUUCAAGAAACUCAAUGUGCACGCCAGAUUGGGACGACGGUAAUUUUAGAGAAACUGUUUCACAGCCUGCCUGUUAGGCAAAAGGAAUUUCAUAAAAAUCUUAAAAGGGAAUACAAUAAAAUGGUCCAGUUUCUUUACUCGUACUGUCUGAUUGCCACAAAUACCAGGAUUACUUGUAUUAAUCAAAUGGCUAAAGGUGCAAGGUCAACUGUAGUUUCGACACAAGGCUGCCAGACUGUGAAAGAGAACAUAUCAUGCAUUUUUGGUGCCAAACAGUUGAACAACGUUUUAGUGUUCAGCAUGCAUCCGCCGGCACAAGAAGUCCUUGAAGAGUUGAAACUUGAAAAGAGCGACUGCGAUAUUUUUGAUCUGGAUGGGCUUAUUUCUUCGUGUGCACAUGGUUCAGGCCGUGCGACUGGGGACCGACAGUUUUACUACAUCAACUCCCGCCCUUGUGAAUCAUUGAAGAUCAUGAAAGCAGUUAACGAAGUUUACAGGCAGUAUAAUCCUAAUCAAUACCCUUUCGUGUUCCUAAAUAUCAAAGUAGCUAAAGAUUCCGUUGAUGUGAAUGUAACUCCUGAUAAAAAACAAAUUUUCCUUGCACACGAAAAACUUCUUCUAGCAAUUAUAAAGUCUUCCCUUAAUAAAAUUUUCUGCACUAUUCCUUCCACUUAUGCCAUGAACAAUGUACCUGAGAAGAAUGUGGAUGUUAGUAGAAUAUCAGAAGAAUCAAAGUUAAAUCUAUCAAUUUUCUCACAGUGGAGGAAAGACUUAAAGCGUGGAGCUGAUAACGAACCAAAUUUAACAAUGACAAAAGUGCCUAGAAUCGAAAAAGCACAGUCAAAACUCAAUUCAUUUUUAUUCAAACCUGGACAAAACUCAGCCGAUCAUAAUUGUAAAAAUGAAACCAAUUCUUCAAAUUUGGAAGUCAUGGGAUCCAUUGGGAAUUUGAAACCUGAACGUUGUAAUGAUAAGACAGAUUUCAAGCCAAGGUUUAAAAUUUUUGAAAAAACCCAUCCAGAAAAACUUUCAGAAAGUCUGACACAAAUACCCGUUAAAGUCGAAGAAAUCUUUGAAAAACAAACAGACCCAUCUGAUGAAGCCUGCUUUGUAGAAAUCCCUGAAAAUCUGACACAAAAUCCAGCUGAAUGUCACUUUGAAGAAAUUCCUGAAAAUCUAGACACACCUGCUAAAAACAAUGUUGUAGUACCUGAGGAAAAAAUUGAAUACGACAGCUAUAUCGAAAGAGGCAAGAAAUGUAUAGGGAUGAAUAUUGACAUUGAGAUGUUAAAGGCAAAGAAGUCCAAAUCAAAGGUAAAGACAUUGCCUUUGAUUCGUUUCAGGGCGGUGAUCGAUCCGACGAGAAAUGAUCAAGCUGAAAACGAGUUGAAAAGAGAGAUUUCCAAAGAGAUGUUUUCUAUGAUGUACAUUAUUGGUCAAUUCAAUCUUGGCUUUAUAAUAACAAAACUUGGCUCGGAUCUGUUCAUUAUUGAUCAGCAUGCCAGUGAUGAAAAAUUCAACUUUGAAACACUACAGAAAACUACUGUAAUUACCAACCAGAAAUUAGUCAUGCCUGAAUUACUUGAUUUGACUGCGGCAAAUGAAGCGAUUCUCUUCGACAAUUUAGACAUAUUCAAGAAAAACGGUUUUGAGUUUAAAAUCGACAAAAGUGCUCCUCCAACCAAAAGGGUGUCAUUGUCUGCCAAACCAAUGAGUAAAAAUUGGCUAUUCGGGAGGGAGGACAUAGAUGAGUUGAUAUUCAUGCUUCAGGAUAGUCCAAAUAGUGAUUGCCGCCCUUCACGAGUUAGGGCAAUGUUUGCAUCACGAGCGUGCAGAAAAUCUGUGAUGGUUGGUAAAGCACUCAGCUUAAAAGAGAUGAGACGAUUGGUUACACAAAUGGGAACUAUUGAACAUCCAUGGAAUUGUCCGCACGGAAGGCCAACAAUGAGGCAUCUUGUUAAUCUAGACCUUUUACAAGACUCGUAACAACUUUACAGAUAAACUCCCUAACAAAAUUGUAGACUACCCCCAAUUUUUUUCGAUAAUCAUAUUUCUAGAAAUAAAAUUAUAAAAUUUUAUAACAAAAUAAAAUAAAAUUGAUUUAGAUUGUACAAAAUUUCUAAUAAUAACCAAUAUAUAUCAAUGUUUUUGUAAUAAACAGUAUUCAUGUAACAAAUAAGAAAAACAUGAAAAUUCAAUGCGACAAAAAUAUAGGCAUUCAUUAUUUUUAUGCGUA